AUGCCAAGACCCAAAGGCGCGAAAAAUCGCCCCAGAGACUCGAACGCACCCCCGCGCAAAACCCCCAUAUGCCAAAACUGCAAGCAGCCUAUCGCCGGGCACGGUAAACAUGGAGGUGGCAACAAAUAUUGCCCUGUCAAUAUCUCGUACGCUUCUAGGGGUUUAUCCAAGUCAACUGAUCCAGAGUCGUCGAGAAUGGGAAUUAAGUUCGAUAACCAGACUGUAGAUGAUUUUGUCAAAAGAGGUCAACAAAGUGGCUCAUCCGCUACUCCAUUGGAAGCUCCGGUUGCCUUACGCUGGGAGAAACCGAUGUGCCCUGAUUUCGUGACAGAGACCGGAGAUCAUCUUCAUCUGACCGAUCCAUGGUUUGAUUCGACUCCAGAAAGCUCAGGAGUAUCUGCGGCGAGCUCUCCUGGGAUAGUCUGGCCCCCCCUUACCGGAGAUCAAUUGCAGUUAUACCUCUUUGACCCAAAUUAUUUCGCGAAUGCCCUCCAGUUUGUUAUGAUAAGCAAUAUGCAGGAUGGCAUUGGCGGGGAUGCUGGUCCGAGUCUCUAA